AUGUCCUCAGUCAGAAUCCCAAAAGGCUCCGUCCACCUCGCAGGCCUCCUUUUCAAGCCACCCACCCAACCCUCCAAAGCUCCGGGCCUCGUGAUAGUCCACCCCGGUGGCGGCGUCAAGGAGCAAACCGCUAGCAUCUACGCGCAGCGCCUGUCUGCGCGCGGGCUUCGUCUCCCACAUUUCCUUGAAGACCCGUCCGCGCGCGUCACCGAUGCCUCCGCCGCCGCAGCCAAAGGGGACCACCGCUUCAAGGCCGUCGCCACCGUCAGCGCAGUAAACAUCGGUGACGGCGCGCGCCACGGCUGGUACGGCAAGGACGACCCCUCGCAACACCUCGCGGACCUCGAACAGGUUGCGCAGGUCUUGCAGUCCGAAGCCCAAGCCCAAGCACAAGCUGGCGGCAAUGGCAGUGGCAGUGGCGCUGAAGGCGGCGAAGGAACGACGGCGCCAUACGUCCCGCCCAAGCCGGACAAGGAUACUCCCGUCGACCUCGCCGAUGCGUACGAGUACUACUGCACACCCCGUGCACAGCACAAGAACGCGCAGAACAAGAUGCUCCUGCGCUCCGUGCCGCUGGUGAUGAACUUUGACGCGUGGCUGUUUGCCGACCUGUAUCUGACGCAGCCUGUUCUUAUUGUCGUCGGUGAAUAG